AUGGCGAUUUUCUCUCGUCAUCCGUUCGCUUCCUCUUCUCUUCCGUCAGCGUCAGACGAUAGCUUCGCGAAUCAGUCACGCCAGUCGGUCGACGCUCAUGAAGCAAGUCCUUUCAGCAAAAUAGCAUCGCGUCUGAACGUUCCCCGACAAACCAGAACGCCGGGCCCGCUCAUCCCGCUGGUGAAUCGCGACACGCUGCUGGGCCGCCUCGUGCCUCCGCCCUUCCAGUUCGCCAGCCCCUCCGUCUCCGCGCGCCACUGCACCAUCUCCUGCCUCCCCCCGCCUCCCCCUUCCGCUGGGGAAGCCCCUGCGCCUCCUCAGGCGGGCGACGCACGCGCCUCUCCGCAGGGGGAAGCGGCUGCUGGGGUGGAGGAAGCAAAAGCAGGAGCUGAGAGGGAUGGAGGAAGCAGGGAGGCGUUUGUUGUUGUGGUGACGGACAGGAGCUCCAACGGCACGUUCAUCAACGGCAAUCGACUGCAGAAAAACGGACCUCCCCAGCAGCUGAAGCAUGGCGAUGUGCUGUCGCUCGUGGGGCCGCCAGAGACAGGAAAACUUACAGGCAGGCGCAUAGCAGCAGGUGGAGAGGGAGCAGGCAAUGGCAGCAUGCGCGGAGUGAGUGUGAAGAAAGAGCAAGGAGAGGGCACAGCCGGAGCAGACACGGCGACAGUGCUGGUGAAGCGGAAGGCUCAGGCCUUGAGCCCUAGUGCAAGCCCAAUGGUGUUAGAUGCAAGCCGUGGGGCGGACACCACUCACGCCCCCCCUGUGGGGUUAGGUUCCCCUUCCGUGAAAGGCCAGAUGCUGCCUCCUCCUCCGCGUUCCUCGCCAGCAGCAGCGCGCCGACUGUCCACGCGCUCUCCCCCACCGCUCCCAGGGUCGGGGUUGGGAGCAGAGGACGUAGUAGUGGGUCCAGACGAGGGAGGGGUGGCAGCAGGUAGGGUCCCAAAGCGAAGACGAGGGUCGAAGGGGGGGCUUCAGGGCUCGGUCUCCCCUGAUAGUGCUGCUGGUGCAGUCGAAUUGGCUACUGCCCGUUCUGGGGCAUCAACGCCUGGCAGUGGCAGGGCUGCCCUUGCUCCAGUCACUCCUAUUGCUCUCCCGGGUGCUGCCGUUGCUUCUGCUGCUGCUGCUACUGGCGCGGGUUCGCCUGCUGAGGUGGCACUGCCUGCUGCUGACGUGGCGAUUUUGGAGGAGAUGAAGCAGCUGCGGCGGGCCAAUGAGGAGCUCCGGCAGCAGCUGGAUGCAGAGGCUGCUCGGAUGGAUGAGAUGCUGAGUCAGCGACAGCAGGAGGAGCGACGGCAUGAGGAGGCUAAGAAGGAGGAGAGGCAGGCAGCCAUUGACUCGCUCUCUGCCAAGCUGGUGAGAGUCCCGUUCAUGUGCUCAUCGUCAUAUUGUACCAAUGUGCUGAACUUACAUUGUCAACACAUCAUGGCGCACUUGCCAUCCAUAACAGCCCUCCCUCACUUCCUCUCUCCCUGUUGUGCGCCUUCUCCCCCUCACCUCUCUCCUCUUCCUCCUUGGCCUCUUUCUCGUCCCAUGCACACACAUGCCGCAUGGCAGGAGGGCGAGCGGGCAGCAGUGGUGGCGGGGCAUGAGAGGGCGAGGAGGGCGGAGGGGCUAUUGGAGGAGGAGAGGGCGCGAGCAGGGCAGCUGCAGCAGCGAGUGGCUGCCGUGGAGGGGACUCUUGCGGGGAAGGAGGCGGAAGCGGCUCAGCUGCAGGCCUUGCUGGCAGCUUCGGAGGCCCGAGCCUGUGGCUUGGCGGGGGAGCUUCGGAAGGCGAAGACACAGCUGUCGGUGGAGCAGAGGCGGCUGCAGGGCGCCAGGGAGCGCAUCAUGCUGCGGGACGCUCAAAGGAGGGAGUUUGAGAAGACAGCGAACCACAUAGCAUGUCUUCAGGAGCAGAUGGAGCAGGCACACGAGGAGCAGACAGCCCUAGGGCAGUCGCAGCAGCAGCUGCAGCAGCAGGUGGUGCGCGCACAGCUGCAGCAGCAGCCGCAGCAGCAGCGGCAGCAGCAGCUGCAGCAGCAGAUGCUGAGAGCGCACCUGGAGCAGCAGCAGCAGCUGACGCGCAUGUUUCAAGUGCUGCAGGAUGGGGACGGGGAGGGGAAGGGGUGGGCUGGGGGGAGGGAGAGCGAUGGGUUGGAAGGGGCGGAGGGGAAGCAGGAGGGAGGGGAGGAGGAGGAUGAGGAGAUGACUCAAGAAGCUGAAAUGGGAGACAGACCGGUGGAGGGAGGGGUGGUUGAACUUGGAGUGGUUGGGGGAGGUGAUACGUGCCCUAUUGAAGGUGAGGUGCCUCGUGUGGAAGCUGAGGAACGUGGUGUCGCACAGGAGAGUGAUCGGUUGGGCUCUGGUGAGGAACCGUUGGAUGGUCGGUUUGAUGAGCUGAACAGAGAAUGUGGGCCGUUGGAUGAACGGCUGGAGGAGCUGAUGGAAGCAGAGACGCAGGAGUACAGUGGGGGGCGCGGAAGAAUGCUGGAGGGGUUCUCAGGAGGGAUGCUGGACGAGACUUGUGAGUCGCCUGGUCAAGGAGGGGUGAUGGAAGAGGGGUUCAUGGUAUGGGGAGAGAAGGAGACGGGGGAGGGCGCGGAGGGGGAGGAGGGGGAAGAGGGGGAGGAGGGGUUGGAAAGGGACGGAGCAGCUGGGCACGGAGAGGAGGGGGAGGUGGCAGUCACAGUCACAAGUGCCUGGUGCAUCCCAGCAGCCGACACAGCCGUCCCAGCUGCCCUCACAGCAGCCGUCCCAACAGCCGUCCCAGCAGCCGUCCCAGCAGCCAUCCCAGCAGCCAUCCCAGCAGCAGCCGUCACAGCAGCCGUCACAGGCAGAGUCACAGAGGGCGCUGCAAACACAGGAGCUGCCCCCCACUCAGCUGCUUUCAUCGUCACAAGUGCUGGCCGUGAUGCAGCAGCAGCAGCAGCAGCAGCAGCAGCAGCAGCUGGGGAUGAUGCCAGCACAGGAGCAGCGACAGAAGCAGGAGCAGGAGCAGGAGCAGAAGCAGCAACAGGAGCAGCAGCAGGAGCAGGCGUCGUCACCUUUGCGGAAGCAGGAGCGGGCAGCUUGUGUGAAUAA